AUGGGCAGUGCCGGCACACCAACAUGGCUCGACAAGCUCGAGGAGCAGUUAAAUGUGGACGUGGACUGGAUGGACCCCGAAUACAUCAAAGGCAUGCCGAUCGUGCCUCACGACCAGACUAGCAAUCAACUUUGGGUUGACAUUCAACUCGGCGAUGAUUCGAACCGGGACCUAUUGCUCGAGACGGCCAAGGAACUCAAGAACGAAGGCUGGCUUGCCAUCUACACUCGCAUGGCUGUUCUGAUGUGCAAGAAGAAUAUCGACUCUAUCAGGGGCCGCGUUCUACUCCAGACGCUUCCGUCGAAUGCUUUCCGCUUCCAGGAAACCCUCGACCAUGCGCGCCUCUAUGACAAAGAGUUCGCUCGUGCAGGGAUCGGCCGCGACAGAUAUUGCAUCAAAAUUCCCUCGACGGGCCCUGCUUUGAACGCAGCCAAGGUUCUCUCAUCGGAGGGUAUCCCUACACUCGGCACGGCCCUGUUCAGUCUUCCGCAAGCCAUUGCGUGUAGUCAGGCUGGCAUGCUUUACAUCAGCCCCUACUAUAAUGAGGUUCUUGCUCACGAUGAGCCAGAAUUGUGGCCCAACGUGAAGGAUCCAGCAGUAGAGCACCCGAUUUUCAUCACUGUUCAGGAGGCCAUGGCUGCCGGUGAAAUGGGCUGCCACUCGGCGACUAUAUCGCACACGGUCCUGAACGAGCUUGCGAAGCUCCCUUACGUCGCCUCUGAGCAGCCGGGCCCCGAUGUCCCCAAGCCGGUGCACGUCUACAAAGACGCCCCGCCCGUAUCGGACCGCCUCCGCAAGCUUCUCAGCAUCGACCCUCUAGCUGGUCCUGACUGGAAUGGGAAGUUGGCGAGCACAAAUGUGGAUUAUCUCGCUGACGGUGGCGCGCCCCUGCAGAACGCUAUCGAGGCGGACGCGGUGACGAAGAAGAGACUAGCCGAUGCGAUGGCCCUGUUCACAGGCGGGCAGGAGAGGAGCCGUGCUAAGAUUGAGGAGGUGCUUCCGUUGGUCUGA